GCCUUAACGUCUCUAAGUGUCUCGCCGGAAUAUAAGUGUCUAUUUUCGCCGUCGUGGGGCCAUGUUUGACAUGCAACGAAAAUUUACUUCGUGAAUCUCUCCUUUACAGCUCAUACGGAGUAGUCGCUUUGGUCGGAUUACUACCCCAUGGCGGACCCCCAGUCGCAAACGCGAGGAGCAAUCUGCUCUCUCGAUGAGUUCCUGCAGGUUUCGUACGACUACCUCAUCGUGGGCGGUGGCACGGCCGGUCUCACCCUCGCCGCUCGUUUGAGUGAAGACCCUUCGAUCAACGUAGGUGUCAUAGAAGCCGGAAAAGACCAGACGAGAAAUGAGUUCGUGCGCACGCCUGCGAUGUUCCCGCAGAUUCUGGGAGUCCCCGAGUACGAUUGGAUGCUGGAGACUGUGCCUCAGAAAGCAAAUGGCAACAAGGUGCAUGCUAUGACACGGGGCAAGAUGCUUGGGGGGUCCAGUGCAACCAAUGGCAUGAUGUAUGUCCGUGGAUCCAAGCAAGACUACGACGACUGGUCAGCGUUUGGGAAAGGAUGGUCGUGGUCUUCUGUGGCCCCGUACUUCAGAAAGCACGAGUCAAUCGAGGACAACAGGACCGGAGAGCCGGGUGACUUUGCUUUCCUGAAUUUUGGAAAGACAUCCCACGGACAAUCUGGCCCCGUCUCCACGAGCUUCAACAAUUGGAGAAACCCGUUAGAGCGCUACUUCAUUGAAGCCGCUAAGACAGCCUGCGGAAUGUCCAACAGUCCGACUGAUCCGUGGGGAGGGGAUCAUUUGGGCUUCUUUUCUUCCUUGUUGACCGUGGACCGGAGCAAGGAUAAAGGCACGCGUAGUUACGCCGCGAGUGCCUACUUGUUACCAAACAUUUCCCGACCAAACCUCAAGGUCCUGACCGAGGCGCUCGCGCUAAACGUGAUUCUCGAGGGCAAUUCUGCGCAGGGCGUUCGUCUGUCGCACACCGGCCGAGAAUAUGACGUCCGAGCGACAAGGGAGGUGAUUCUCUGCUGCGGCACAUAUAAAUCUCCUCAACUUCUUGAGUUGUCUGGAAUCGGCAAUCCAUCUAUUUUGAGGUCAGCUGGGGUACAAUGUGUUGUCCCCUUACCCGGCGUUGGUGAAAGCCUACAAGACCAUGUUCUCUCAGCAACAGUGUACGAGCUGAACGAAGGAACGACGUCCUUUGAUUCCCUUCGGAAACCAGAAAUCCUCCAACAACACUUGGACCUAUACUCCAAAGAAAAUCGCGGGAUUUUGGCAGCAGGAACCAGCUGUAUGGGUUUUCUCCCCUACUCGUCGCUAGCAUCACCGAACGAACUCGCCACGACCUGCGAGAAAGUUCAACGAACCCCUACGACAACUCCCUUCCAGCAACGCCAGCUGGAGCAGGUCGCAACUCAUCUACAAAGCCCAUCAUCUGCAAACAUCCAAUUCAUCAUGUUCCAAGGCACCAUGAACAUCGAGGAAGUGGUUCAAGACCAGGGGAAGUUCGCCAAGCCCGGCUCUCCAACCGAUCCCGAUGGCUUCACAAUCGUCACUUGUCUGCAGUAUCCGGCCUCGCGAGGAACAGUCCACAUAACCAGCUCAGACCCGACAAAGAAUCCCGCGGUCGAUCCGGCAUAUCUGACGAAUGAAGCGGACGUUGAUGUUCUCGCCGCGGGUAUGGAGUUUUGCGAUGAAAUUGUCAACUCCUCGCCGCUGAAAGACAAGAUCCGGCGGCGAGCGCACCCGGCUCCAAGCGUGCAGCUCGGAGAUAGGGAGCAGGCCAAGGCGGCAGUGAGAGAUUUCUGUAUGACAGAGUACCAUCCGUGCGGGACGUGCGCUAUCGGUCAGGUUGUAGACGAGAGAUUGAGAGUGAACGGAGUGAAAGGAUUGCGGGUUGUCGAUGCUAGCGUUUUCCCAGGGAAUGUGAGUGGAAAUAUUUUGUCGAGUGUGUAUGCCGUGGCAGAGAGAGCAGCAGAUUUGAUUAAAGAGGACGGCGUACGAGUCAAAGCGUCGCUCUAG